CAUUGUGUGAACUGAAAACAACUACAUGUCAAUGUAGGUCUACCGCGUACCGGUACAUUAUUAUUAUGUCAAAGAACUGCAAUCACUAGACAGGAGAGAGUACAUGUAGGCCAGUGUCUAGGCGAUGGCGGCAAGUUAGUUCGAUACAGUGUAAAUUGUGCUGAUAAACAGUUUCCCCGAUCGAUCACGACUGCGGAAGAACGUUUUCUCGAGCUGCAAAGUGCAAUCCAUUUCAAGCGUAGUUUGGCGUCCGACAGCAAGCUUCGCGAAGCCUUCGCUGCGUCAGCUUGGCAAAAAGAGUUUCCGCAGUUUGGUCACUUCAGACUUCGUGGUUAGGGCCAGAGAGAGAAAAAUGGCUGGCUGUCUGCUGCUCUGCCGAAUCCUUCUUCUUCUUGGAAGCUCUCUGGCACUGUCUGACACUAGUACGACACAGUACACCAAAGCAGCUGUCACACUACCCACACCACAAACGGGUAUGCAAGAAGCAAAGAACGCUACAACAAAGACACGGCCAUGUCAUUCGCAACUCGAGUUUCCCUGUGGCAAUGGAGACUGUGUUCCCCUCAUGUGGAGAUGUAACAAGAGGCGAGAUUGCCUAACCAAUGAAGACGAGAUCAACUGUACAGCACGAUCCACCGAGGCAGCAGGAAAGAACGCUACAACAAAGAAACGGCCCUGUCAUCACAAUGUAGAAUUCAGGUGCGGAAACUCGCACUGCAUUCCCCUCAAGUGGCUGUGUGACAAUGCAAGCGACUGUGUAGACAACGAGGAUGAGAAAUAUUGUAAAGAUGCAGCCGCUACAAGCAAACCACGGAUGGGAGUUGCAACUGCGAAUGCAUCAUCGCCUACCCAUGCACCUCCCACACCCAUCAUACCCGCAACAACAGAUGCACCAAGCCAAGCCGGUACCAGUGAGAAGCGCACGACAGCAACGAGAGCAUCGCCUACCCAUGCACCUCACACGUCUGUCAUACCGGCUACAACAGAUGUACGAGGCCAGCCCAAUACCAGUGAGCAACUCACGACCGCAACGAGAGCAUCGCCUACCCGUGCAUCUCCCACAUCCGCCAUACCGGCAACAACAGAUGCACCAAGCCAACCCGGCGAUACCAGUGAGAAACUCACGACAGCAACGAGAGACCAAUCAGUAGCUCAACCUACCAACGCCAGUGAGUUUGCAGCACACCUGAGAGUUUCACCUACUGAUAAAGGUGCAAGACACCCGGCCAUGUUAAGGCGGACACAGUUCAUACUAGUCAGCGCGGGCCUGGCCUGCCUGGUGUGCGUCAUCGCCGGUCUCCUCAUGGUCAAACGAUCCAGACGCGCGAAGCGCAUGCUCAGGUCCUACGGCAGCGAUAGAGUACAGUACGACGCUCUGGAUGCCGAAAACCUCAUCGUAGCUUGAAUACGGAACGCCAGGCACUCAGGCAAUGAUUCACGGUCGGCCAUUAGCGUGUCUCAGUACCCUCAUCUCCGUUACCUUUGACACGCAGACGGCAUACAGAAUCGUGUUUUCCGUACCGGCCUAUGCGUUCAAAGAAUGGGCCCUGCACCAACAUGUCCAUCUCCAUGGUAACUGUAUGGUUCAUCAAAUUGCUACGGAGCGCACUAAUCCGCUGCUUCAACUGUCUCACUUCUCACUCCCUACUAGCUCAUGUUAUUAGUUCUGGUGUUUUUUGUUUGUUUUGUCUUUGUUUUUUCGCUUGGGGCUUCUCUCCCUCCGUUACUUUAGACGAACUCCACCAUUACCCAACACCGCCCCCUCGGCCGAUGCACUCACUGCAACUUUUACCCAACCUACCCGUAACCCAGGUGUUCUCACUUUAUAAUCAUUCUCUUCAAUUUUGUUCAAACGUUUUCUUGUGACAGCCUCGACUUGACGUAGUAUAUUUGCGAAAUCAAUAAUUAUACGGGUCAU